AGCUCCCACCGCUCAGAGUGAGAAUGUCCUUUGUGCAAUGCGGUUCAGUCUGCGAGGACCAUGACCGCUGGCGUUGUAUAAGGACGACGGUCGGUGGAAAAUUCAGCAUUCGGACCAAUGUGUGCAAUUGAACACCGUGGAAAACUUUGCAGCUGGCGCCAUAGGAUAAGGGGAUUUUAAAUAUGUGCAAGUGACGCGCCAGGAAAUAAUAAUAUGGAUGCAAGUUGUUCCUUUUAUCAACGAAUAGUAGUGAAGGAUAAGGAAAAUCAAUUGAAACAGAGGCAGUGGUGAAUCAUAUGCUGGGUACAGUCUCGUGUUCCCUCCUAGCCAUGGGGAUGAAAAAUAAGAUGAAAUCUUGUGAAUGCUCAUUUCCGACUGAGCAAUAAUUGAGAAGUGCGAGGCAGCAGACGGCGACGGAUUCAUGCAUUGGAUAGGAUCCAAUGGAAACUGUGCAAAUCUUAUAGGCUAGUAGUGAAAAUUGUGCCCUUUCAAGAAAAACGGAAAAAAGAAAUUCUAGACUGCUGUAGUGAAGGCGCUGGUAGUGAGACUAGUUUUUUUUAUGUCUAAGUGGCGUAUCGGAUGCUGAGUAUCUCAAAAGCAUUUCAUUCAGUAUAUCGCACCACGAAGUGAACCAUAUCCUGGCACAAUUGGAGUGACGAAAGCGAAAUUUGAGCGAAAGCAAUGUUCCACCAGCAUGAGAUCUGGCAACGAAUCCGACUGGGAGCCCCUGCUCGAAACGGACGCAAAAAGCACACCGUCAUCGAGGAGGCCCCUCGCUGGGGCAGGCUCAGGAGCAGGCGCCUGUGCGGCUAAUAGACGCGACAACAAAGGCCACCACCACCAUCAGGAAAAAUGUGGCCGCAUCAAGCUCGGGGUGCUGGUAGCGCUGGUGUUCGUCACCUUCUACCUGUCGCUAUCGACGAUCAGCAUACGGCCGGUGGUGCACCAGAUGGUGGUCACCAUUCCGGACGAUGACGAAGAUCUUCCAGGACCAAGAGGCCUAGCCUCCCAGAAAGUAGUAUUCCAACCCUCAAUCAACCAAAACAUUCCCGUUAUUUCAAACUCAAUGACUAAUCCACGCCUCGUGCUCAACAAACAACCCAAACAUUCCACAAACGACGCGCAUGCUGCUGAUGUUGCCAACACUUUGACCAACGCAACACCGAACGCAGUGCCAAAAGGAUUUAUCGUCUGGGGCCCGGGAUGCAAGAUCCUGGAUUUGGAUCCGCUGGCGGACGACGUAAUGAGGCUGUUCCGGAAGGAGCAGUUUGUGCCCUGUUCGACGAAGCACCCACUGACCAGCAUCGAGCAGCAGACGAGUUCGCACGGAAACGAUACGGUGGUGCUACGGUUCCAUCGGGAUCGCAUAGCGUCGCAUCUGCCGCACUACAUGAAGUACAUCGAAUGCUGCUACCAAAGCAUCGAACGAUCCGGGAUCAACGAUAAGGCUGAUAAAAACUAUAAUUUAAGUGAGUGUAAAUAUUUCUCCACCGAUACCCUACUGCCCCCGAACGUGACCAAUGGGGUGAUGGUCCGUUGCAAAGGUAGCGUGUCGGACAAUAGUAAAACCCGUAAAUCGGUAUACACGAACGUCCAUGCGUUCAUCCGGGCCAAACCAGCCGUACGGGAACGGUUAGACCGAUACCGGGAUAGCUACAAACAACGACCGCUCAGUGUGCUGAUGAUUGGAAUCGAUAGCAUCUCGCGGCUAAAUCUCAUCCGAGCAAUGCCCCAUACCGCACAACAUCUGUACGACACCGGAUGGUUCGAGCUGAAAGGAUACAACAAAAUCGACGACAAUACGUUCCCAAAUCUGAUGGCGAUCCUAACAGGCUACAACAGCACCUUGGCCUACAAUACGUGCAAUCCCCGCAAGGUAGGUCAGCUGGAAACAUGCCCGUUUGUGUGGGACAUGUUCACCAACAGUGGGUAUGUAACAGCCUACGCUGAAGACGAAGCCAGUAUCAACACAUUCAACUACCACAAAUACGGUUUUGUCAAGCCUCCCACUGACUACUAUCUGAGACCCAUGGCGCUGGCAGCGGAGAAGAAUCUUGUAAAGAAAUUCAAAAGCUCUCUUACUAUGUGUCUGGGGUACGAGAACUACGCAGACUUCAUCUAUAGGUAUGCUUUAGAUUUUGCCACAUUCUACAGGGACGAACCCAGUUUCGGACUCUUUUGGACCAAUACGUUUAGCCACAACGACAUCAGUGAUCCAUCGUCUAUGGAUCAACGAAUCAAAUACUAUCUGCAGCAGCUGGACGAUCGAGGUAUCUUAAAUAGUAGUAUGGUGGUAUUCUUUAGCGAUCAUGGAUUGCGCUUUGGGGCAGUUCGUUCUCUGCUGACCGGGUGGCUCGAAGAGCGACUUCCUUUCAUGUUCCUGUGGUUACCGGAAUGGUUCAAAGAACAACAUCCGGAAGCGGUCCAAGCAUUGAAAAUCAAUCGAAACCGACUGACAAACCCCUAUGAUCUCCACGCAACCCUGAAGCACGUCCUUGAGCUCUCGGAACGAAUCGAUAACCUCCCUCCGCCGUUAAGUUGUCCCAACUGCCAGAGCAUAUUCCAAGAAAUGCCCUGGAACCGUUCCUGUGAAGAAACGUCCAUCGCACCGCACUGGUGCACAUGUUCGAACUUCGAAAAGAUCGACAAAAGCUCUAAAAUCGUUCACGAGGUGCUCGGCUUCGUGAUCAACGAGAUCAACCGUGACCUGGAUGAUAAUCAGAGAAAUCUAACGAAGAAAAUUUGUGCCAAGAUUCAGCUGAAAUCGAUCUCGCUGGCCAAGGUGGCUCGGUACCCGGACGCGGUUGAACCGCACACCGAUUAUUUGUUGAUCUUCGACGGGAAACCCGGAUCGGGUAAAUUUGAAACAACGGUGCGACAUUAUACGAUCCGCGACCAGACGAAAUCGCCGUUCGAGGUUACCGGAUCGAUCAGCCGGCUGAAUGAGUAUGCUAGUCAGAGCGAGUGUAUGCACGUGGAUUACCUGAGAAAGUAUUGCUAUUGUUUGAGAAAGAAGGGUAGUUAAAUUGGUGGUCGGGCCGGGUGGGAUGAAUAUGUAGCAUCACUGUGACAAUAAGUGUGAAAAGAUAUUCAAUGCAAAUGGUUAAAAACCGGCUGCAAAAGCUGUCGAUAAAAGCUGUGAAAUGUGCAUAAUUGAAACACAAAAACCAACCAGAUUUUAAGUAUUGUUGGUAAAAUUUUAGUUUAGUUUUGGAACGUUCAGCAGUACUUUUAUCCAACGGAAUUGGUCAUUCUUAAAUGCUAGCUAUAUUGUCAAUACCAAUGCAAAAACAAUUCGUAGAAAUAUCUCAGAUUUUCAAACUCAGUGCUUAGUAACUUAAAUUAUUUUCAAUGAUUCAAGAAUCUCAUUCAAAAACUUGAUUUUUAUACAAUGUAGAAUGUUUUAAUUUUCUAUCUCAAACAAAUAAAAUAAUGUGAACUUGAAAAGUAUAUUAGUAAUUAGGUUGGAGUGUAUAAAUCGAUUGUACAUACGUAAUGGAACGUACACACGGUCAAGCAGUUUGACCAACAUUGACUCCACCUCUCGUUUAUUCCAACAUCCAUCAAGUUUUACCAACAGCGGCACGAACAAUCAAUUUAUUCGACCAACAAUAUCACACACGAACGACCGAAGCGCCAACUUGAGCACCAACAAUCAACAAAUAUAUGGGGGUUU